AUGCAGCCCGUCAUCAGCAUCACUCGAGGUGGUGCUGAGCGGUCGGACAGCACUCAUCAUCCACACAACACCUCAUGCGUGGGCUCAGCAAAGGUCCGAGUGGAUACGGGUCUGACAAAUAUGGGUGUGCUCCAGCUCCACAAUCCCACUCACCCCAGCACGCUUCUGCAGCGGGCCAAUCAGAUGCGUCUGACCGGCACCUUGUGUGAUGUCAUCAUCACGGUGGACGGCCAGGAGUUCCCGGCGCACCGCACCGUCCUGGCCUGCACCAGCAAAAUGUUCGAGAUCUUGUUCCACCGCAGCAGUUUACGCUACGCCCUGGACUUCCUGUCCCCCAAGACCUUCCAGCAGAUCCUGGAGUACGCCUACACCGCCUCGCUCCAGGCCACAGCCGAGGACCUGGAUGACCUGCUGUACGCCGCUGAGAUCCUGGAGAUAGAGUACCUGGAGGAGCAGUGCCUGAAGGUGCUGGAGACCAUCCAGGCGGAAGAGAGCGAGGAGGUGGCGGUGAAGACUCACAGCUCCGGAGACCACGGUGACCACAGCAGGGCCAGGCACUGGAGGCACAUGUUGAUGUCCAAGAAGCAUUCCAUACAGGAUGGACCCAACCGCAUCACUCCCACCGCUCUACACCACCUGGCGCUCUACCACAUGACGGAGGGGAGCUCUCCUGGCUCAGAGCCCAAGACGGCUCCUGAAUUGAGCCCCAAGUUGGACACGGAGGUAGACAUGGCGAGCUCCCAGCAGCCUCAGCGUCGCAGUUCAGAGUUAUCCCAAGCCUCAAUCCUGGAUCCUGGCAGAAGUAUAAAAUCAGAGAGCAUGCAGGUGGAUGAUGCCAACGGCUGCGAGGGCAGGUCCUCCAGCACUGGAGAGGGAAGCAUGUCAGACCAGCCCAGAGACGAGGGCCCGGGGACGCCCCUGAGAGGCAGCGUGAUCACCAGCGCUCGGGAGCUGCACAUAAACCCAGAAGACGGAGGACAAGUGGUGGGGAACUCCCUCGACUGUUUCCCCGGGAUCUCUGAGAAACAUCUGGCCUCCCUAUACUCUGUGCCCUCCAACCACACCGGGGAGGGGAUGCUGCCAGUGUCUGUUUCAGUGGCCCCGUCCCUGGGUGUGCCGCUGGACCCGAGGGCCUACAGCGGCCUCCUGCACCAAGGCUUGCUGCACAGGGAGCUCCUCAGCAGGCUGGGCCAGUUUGCAGCAGGGAUGAGGCACGAGGGCCAGGCUCAAGGCCAGCAGUGUUGUGGCGAGUGUGGGCUUCAGCUGCACAGCAGGCAGGCCAUGGAGCAGCACAGGAGGCUGCAUAACGAGGAGAAAGGCCACGGCUGUGAAUACUGUGGCAAACACUUCCAGGACAGCAUGCGACUGAGGAUGCACAUGCUGUCUCACACAGCUCCUGCAGAGGCGCUGGUGUGUGAUCAGUGUGGAGCGACGUUCUCCUCAGAGGAUGCUUUGGAUGCCCACAGGCAAACACACACAGGGACUGACAUGGCGCUGUUCUGUCUGCUGUGUGCAAAGCGCUUCCAGACCCAGAAGGCCCUGCAGCAGCACAUGGAGGUCCAUGCAGGCAUGCACAGCUACAUCUGUAGCCACUGCGAGCGCCCCUUCCCCAGCCACACGACCCUCAAAAGACACUUGCGCUCGCACACGGGCGAUCACCCGUUUGAGUGUGAAUUCUGCGGGAGCUGUUUCAGAGACGACGGCACGCUGAGGGGCCAUAAACGUAUCCACACAGGAGAGAAGCCUUACGAGUGCAACGGCUGUGGGAAGAGGUUCAGCCUCAAACACCAGCUGGAAACACACUACCGCGUACAUACGGGUGAGAAGCCAUUCGAGUGUAAGCUGUGUCACCAACGUUCCAGAGACUACUCUGCUAUGAUCAAGCACCUGCGCACUCACAACGGAGCGUCUCCGUACCAGUGCACCAUCUGCCAGGACUUCUGCCCGAGCCUGGCCUCCAUGCAGAAGCACAUGAAGGGCCACAAACCGGAGGAUGUGCCGGCGGACUGGAGGAUAGAAAAGACUUACCUGUAUGUCUGUUACGUCUGAGCAGGACUUGGACAACCCCGCACACACACUG